AGGAGGCGGGCUCUUCCCUUACACUGCAGGCUGCACUGGCUGAUGUACCAAGGUUGCCUGACAGUCGAUGAGGAAGCCGCAGUCACAGCUUGGCUCUCGCUCCCUCCAGGCUCACGUUUCUGCCUCUCCCCUUCCCCUGGGGACUAGCCAUGCGUCACUGCUAGCCAGCAGCCCAGACCUGCUUCCAGCAAAAGCCGGCGGCUUCUGAUCCCCAUGAAAAGGCAGAGGAGCUGCCAGCCGGGGCUGCUGCUGCACGGAUCGCACUGCUGGCUGCAGAUGGAACGACUGUGAAGCUGUUUCCCCGCUGCCUCCCCAGCAACCUCCCCUCGCCAUGGAGCAGCCCGUCUCUUCCCUGAAGAAGCUGGUUGCUAUGCCAGAUCACACGGACGUGUCGCUGAGCCCGGAGGAACGUGUGCGGGCACUGAGCAAGCUGGGCUGUAACAUCACCAUCAAUGAAGACAUCACGCCCAGGCGCUACUUCCGCUCCGGAGUGGAGAUGGAGAGAAUGGCGUCUGUGUAUUUGGAAGAAGGAAACCUUGAAAAUGCCUUUGUUCUCUACAACAAAUUUAUUACGUUAUUUGUUGAGAAACUGCCCGGACACAGAGAUUAUCAGCAAUAUGAAAUCCCCGAAAAGCAGGAUAUUCUCAAGAAAUUAAAGGAAGUCGCAUUUCCAAGAACAGAUGAACUAAAGAAGGAUCUGCUGAAGAAAUACAAUCUGGAAUACCAGGAGUACCUGCAAGGCGUGCACAAGCGGAAGGCCGAAUGCCUGAAGAAGCUGGAGCAACAGCAGUUGAUAGAAGCAGAGAAGAAGCGCCUGGCGCAAAUACGCCAACAGCAGAUCCAAACGGAACAGUUCAGCUUCUUUGAGGACCAGUUGCGGAAGCAGGACCAGGUGAGGGAUCAGCUGAAGAUUAAAGAUGCGCCCAAGGUGCCGGAGCAGAUAGACGGCGGGAUGGUCACGUGCAUCUCUAACGCCAAAUCCAGCUGCACCGAGCAGGCGAAAAGGAACGACGCCUCCAUCUACACCGGCCAGUCCCCUCCUGUCACCAGGGCCCUGAAACCGGCGGCUACGCUGAGCGCCGUGCAGAAUGAAAUAGUGGAUGGCCUGCGGCCGGUUGUACUGCCCAGGGAUCUGUCCCAGCGAUUUCUGCAGCUGGCCGAGGCCAAUACUUCCCGAGGCAUCGAGACCUGUGGGAUCCUCUGCGGCAAACUGACUCACGAUGAAUUCACCAUCACCCACGUGAUUGUACCAAAGCAGUCUGCGGGGCCGGACUACUGUGACAUGGAGAACGUGGAGGAGCUGUUUAAUGUACAGGAUCAGCACAACCUCCUCACCCUGGGCUGGAUCCACACGCAUCCGACCCAGACGGCGUUCCUCUCCAGCGUGGAUCUGCACACCCACUGCUCCUACCAGCUCAUGUUGCCAGAAGCCAUUGCUAUCGUUUGCUCCCCAAAGCACAAUGAUACUGGAAUUUUCCGACUCACUAGCGCCGGGAUGUUGGAGGUGUCUGCAUGCAAAAAGAAGGGGUUCCACCCUCACAGCAAGGAGCCGCGACAAUUCAAUACCUGCAGACACGUGACGGUACAGGACGCCGGGAUCACCGUGCUGGACCUGAGGUGAUGGUUACUCGGGGGCCACAUUUCUCCUCUGCGAUGGACUGAUUGGACAGCGGCUGCCAGUUUUAUUGACCCCUCCCCCCCCUCUUUAUAGGAAUCCAAAUGGACUUUUUUUUUUUUCUAAUUUAUACAUUUAAAUGUGAUAGUUUCAUAUUUAUUGCACCUGCGCAUUUUUUGAGGUUGUUUUCUUUGAUUUGUGUGAGGAUUCCGGCUGUGCUGUAACCACCUGCCCCAUCUUGUGUCUGUGCAUUUAGAUGGAGGGGCCGGGAAUUAAAGGAACAAACCUGA